AUGGAAAGAAAAGAUAAAGCAACUCAUUCGAUCGGGAAGGAAAAUCAUCGUAAUUAUCCAAAUCGUUCAAUCGAGAGGAAAAAUUAUCGUAAUUUUCCACAUCAUUCGAUCGAGAGAGGAAAUCAUCAUAAUUAUCAAAAUCGUUCAACUAACAGGGAAAAUUAUCAUCGUAAUCUACCAGGUGAUUUAGCCAACCGGGAAAAUCAACGAGAUCUUCCAGGUGGUUUAAUCAAUCGGGAAAAUCAACGGAAUCUACCAGGUGAUUUAGCCAACCGGGAAAAUCAACGAGAUCUUCCAGGUGGUUUAAUCAAUCGGGAAAAUCAACAGAAUCAUCCAGGUGAUUUAAUCAACCCGGAAAAUCAACGAGAUCUUCCAGGUGGUUCAAUCAAUCGGGAAAAUCAACAGAAUCAUCCAGGUGAUUUAAUCAACCCGGAAAAUCAACGAGAUCUUCCAGGUGGUUCAAUCAAUCGGGAAAAUCAACAGAAUCAUCCAGGUGAUUUAAUCAACCCGGAAAAUCAACGAGAUCUUCCAAGUGGUUCAAUCAAUUGGGAAAAUCAACAGAAUCAUCCAGGUGAUUUAAUCAACCCGGAAAAUAAACAAGAUCUUCCAAGUGAUUCAGUCAAUGCGGAAGAUCGACGCAAUCUUCCAGGUGAUUCAGUCAAUCGGAAAAAUCAAUGGAAUAAUCCAGGUGAUUUAAUCAAUCAAGAAAAACAGCGCAAUCAUCGAGAAAAACAACGCAAUCAUCCAGAUGAUUUAAUCAACCGGGAAAAGCAGCGAAAUCAUCGAGAAAAACAGCGCAAUCAUCCAGAUGAUUUAAACAAUCGAGCAAAUCAUCAAGAUCAUCCAAAUGAUCCGAUCAAUCGUGAAAAUCAACAUUGCCUGAUCAACAUGGAAAAUUGUUAUUCAAUUGAUAGGAAAAAUAAUUUCAACUUUUCAACAAUAUCAUUGAUUAACAGUGAAAAUGAAUCGAAUUUUUCAACUGAUCCAAUGAAUCAAACAAAUCAGUCAAACAUUCCAAUUCGAUUAAACGACACAGAAAAUCAUUCAAACGACACAGAAACUCAUGAAAAUGUUAGGAAUCGUCCGAUCGACCGACAAAAUCGUUUAAAUGUUCCACUUCAUCCGAUUGUAAGAAUGUUACAGCGAUAUAUGUAA